ACAGCGGGAGACGGACCCCGAGGACACACCGGAGUCACAGACCGGAGACUGGGACCGCUACAGCCGCAGACAGAGCGCCAUCACCCCGCAGCAUCAUGUCUCUGUACCGCAACUUCGCCUGGUUCGCCAAGGGGCUCACCGAGUUCACCAAAAACCCAUUCCUGGCCGCGUCAAAGCGUUUUGUGGAGAAGGAUCUGGAGGUGUCUCUGGCUGGACGCGUGUUCAUGAUCACCGGAGCCAACAGCGGCAUCGGGAAAGCCACUGCUACGGCUAUCGCUAAGAGAGGAGGCACGGUGCACAUGGUCUGUAGAAACAAGGACAAGGCUGAGGAGGCCAGAGCCGAAAUCGUGAAGGAAACUGGAAACAAAGAGAUCUACGUGCACAUCCUGGAUCUGUCUGAGACUAAGAAAGUGUGGGAGUUCGCUGAGGGCUUCAAAAGGAAAUACAAGACUCUCAACGUCCUGAUCAACAACGCCGGAGCCAUCAUGAGUCAGAGGGAAGUCAACACAGAGGGGCUGGAGAAGAGCUUCGCCACCAACGUCCUGGGGGUCUACAUCCUCACCAAGUGCCUCAUUCCUCUGAUAGAGAAGAGCGCAGAUCCCAGAGUGAUCACUGUGUCCUCUGGGGGGAUGCUGGUGCAGAAGCUGAGGAUAGGAAACCUGCAGUCCGACAGGGGGCGCUAUGACGGCACCAUGGUCUACGCCCAGCACAAGAGGCAGCAGGUGGUCCUGACAGAGCAGUGGGCCAAAGCUCACCCAAACAUCCACUUCUCUGUGAUGCACCCGGGCUGGGUCGACACGACAACUGUGGCCAACGCGAUGCCAGACUUCCACCGCUCGAUGAGGAGCAGCCUGAGGACUCCAGAGCAGGGAGCAGACACUGUGGUGUGGCUCGCUGUGUCUGAGGCAGCAGCUAAGAACCCCAGUGGACGAUUCUACCAAGACCGUGCGAUGGUGCCCGCCCACCUGCCCCUGGCCUGGACCCACAGCUCUCCUCUGGAGGAGCAGAAGCUGGUGGCUCUGCUCGACGACAUGGCCAAGACCUUCCAACCACACUGAGACCGAGAGAGACGACUUUAAAGAGGGGGUAUUAUGCAAAAUGGACUCUUUGGAGCUUUCUCCCAUGUUAAAACAUUGUUCCCUCACCAAAAACAUGCCUGAAGAGGUUUAAGACAUCCAUGCAUGUUUGAGUAAUCUAGCGAUCUCUCCCUGGCACUAUUCAAACCCUCCUUACAGUUAACAGUACGAGGUUGUCCAAAGCUCAGCCCACAAACUCUAAGGGACACUCAUCAAAAACAAAACUGAAACUUAUUGAACAUGUUACUAUGUUUUUGGCAAAUGUAUAAUUUUCAAAACAAUAAAAGGUAACAUGGUGAUCUAAGUAUGUAAAGUGUUGGCAAUGAAUACCCCAUAGAAGCGUAAUACCCCCUCGUUAAACUAGCAUAGCCACACAUGAUGAUGGCCUCCAACACGGUGCAGGUGGCUUUUGAGUCCUGAGAAGUACGAUUAUUAAGUUACAUUAAAAACAUAACACUGGCAUAACGCUGGCAGCACUGUGGUUACAUGAGUUUAGUCCUCAUCGCCGCUCUGCUUCUGCUCGUCCCUCUGUUACCUUUCGUUUAGAAUAGUUAAAAUUUGUUUAGAAUAUUUAAAAUUUUGUCAACAUUGUGGAAAUAUUUUUAUUUUUUAAUGCAGUUCCCAUUGUCCUGUCACUGUUAUUUUAUUAUUUUUUUAAUGCUAAUUUAUGCCAUUGUUUUGUAUUUAUAAUCAUUAUUAUUUUUAUGUGAAUUGUGGCAUCCUUGUAUUAAUUUUUUUUGUUUUUAUUUUAAUGUAUUUUUGUACUGCAGUGUCAAAUUACUAACACUAUAAAAGCUUCUCCUUUAACUGAACUGUGCCUUUGUUUUGGGGCUGUUACUGUAGAGUUUUAGUGGCUUUAUUUCACUGUCAAACUGAUGGGAAUCUGUUUUGACCAAAGUCACUCAGGAACCUCCAAUAUAAGCCUUGUAUUGUUCCAAAUACUAAAGCUUUUACUGUAUAUGUUCAAAUAACGCGUCAGUUUUUUGUUUUUUUUUAAGCUGUAAUAGGUAACUUUAUCUCAGAAAGGCAAGUCCCUCAUCAUAUGCAAUUAAACAGUGUAUUAGAAUUAAAUGUGCAAGCGUCUUUCCACUUUGUACUGACCAGAGCAGACCUGAAGCUUCAAUAAAAACAUGUUAAAAA